GGUCUAUUCCACCCUUUAGUAAAGGCGGUGAAUAGUUAAGGUGGGUUGAAUACUUGAAUUGAAUGGUGUGUUUGAUAACAUCAAAAAACCAUCCAAACCUCUAGCACCUUCUCCAAUAAUCACCUUCAUUCGCGCGACACAUUCAACAAUCAAUUACUUGUUCAGCAAUCCGCCAUUGAUGACCUCAUCAAGCUACCUCUGAAAUCUUUUCUUUCUGCAAAGAUACCCAGGUGGCAUUCAUUAUGCGGUGUUUCUGGUGUUAAGUACUUAAAGUUGCUCUGGAUUAGUUAACUUGAGGAGUGUUUGCAAGGCCUUAGAAUGAUGGUAGUUUGCGCUCCUAUCAAGACUUGCACCAAAAAUGUGCUUCCUAUUAGUGGGUGUUUUCAAAAGCAGAUGAGAGGCCAUGUUCAUAAUAUGGGAUCCCCCACUGCAUCUAGUUCAUGCUGUCUCAUUUUGAAACAAGAAAUCUCUAGAAUAAGGUAUUCUCGAAUAUUUGUCUCCAGACAGUCAUUAUGGUUUUCCAAUUGUAGCUUCCGUGCAUUUCAAUGGAUUCAGUGCAAAUCUGGUGUAUCCAGUAAGAAGGGAUCAUGUCCUUUAUUAACGGCUAAAAGUUCAGCAAAUGCUAGAAAUUCUCAAGAGACAUCAAUUGGUUUCUCAUCUUGGCCUCAAGAUGCUAGUGUAAACAUUUUUGUGCCAAGAAGAAGACUGCUGUCUGAUUUUAAAUUAAAAGUUGGACCAUUUUCUUGGUCAAAGGGAUAUGGUGGUGUCGGUUUGAUUUCUGGAUUACUAUUUUGUUAUUCCGCUUCAAAUCCAGUGCAUGCUGAAGCUUCAGAGGAUGCAGGAGACAAAAAGGAAUGCACAAAUCCAUCAACUGACCAUGUUUCCCAUGGAAAGAAAGUGUACACCGAUUUUUCUGUCAUAGGAAUACCUGGAGAUGGAAGAUGUUUAUUUCGUUCUGUUGCUCAUGGGGCUUGUUUAAGGCGUGGCAAACCUGCUCCAAAUGAAGGCCUUCAGAAACAAUUAGCUGACGAGUUGCGGACUAUGGUUGCAGAUGAAUUUAUUAGAAGGCGACAAGAAACUGAGUGGUUUAUUGAAGGUGACUUUGACACUUAUGUUUCACAAAUAAGGAAGCCACAUGUAUGGGGAGGUGAACCUGAGUUGCUUAUGCUCUCCCAUGUGUUAAGGAUGCCAAUUACAGUUUAUAUGCGUGAUGACAAAUAUAACGGACUGAUACCCAUUGCUGAGUAUGGCCAGGAAUAUGGCAAAGACAACCCGAUACAAGUUUUAUAUCAUGGUUAUGGUCAUUAUGAUGCAUUACUAAUGCCUGGAAAGAACGGUACCAAAUCUAGGUUGUAGCUUCUUUUCUAUCGACGACUACUAAAGCUGCCAAUUGCAACCACAGGCAAGAUGGAAUUAUUUGUCUGUCUGUCGUGGAGCCAUUUAGAUUUACAAAAGAUUUCCUGUAUUGAAUAGCUGGUGAUGUAGCAUAUGGAGCUUAAGAUGGUUAGUUACAAUCUCCAAGCACUGUUCACUGGUGAGAUAUAUUCAUAUAUUCUUCCUUUAUUUCAA